AUGAUCGGGAUUCCUUUUAUUUGUCUCGAUAUUAUUUGGGAGUUCGCAGUGUGGGCAGUAGCUUUGAUGCUUUAUAUUACAUCUACAGCUUUGGGUACAAUUCUUCGAAAAGAUAUAUUCCAUUACAUGGUGUUUUGGAUAGUAUACUAUAUUGUUACUUUCGCUGUUGCUAUAACGUUUGGUCUUCUUGUCCACUUUAAGAUAAUAAAGGUGAGCUCAUACAUCAAAUAUUGUAGGAAAUGUUUAAACUUCUCUCAUGCUGAUAAAAUUUUUCCUCAAAAGUGA